UCUCAAGUAAACUAGGGCUACACCGUUAAGCGUUGUUCAUUCGUCUCCAUCAGAAUGCUGUCAGGGGACAUACCUCCAAACCAGACCAUUUACAUAAAGAAUAUCAACGAGAAGGUCAAGAAAGACGAGUUGAAGAGAUCUCUGUAUUGCUUAUUCUCUCAAUAUGGAAGGAUUUUGGAUGUUGUUGCUCUAAAGACACCCAAGCUUCGAGGACAGGCAUGGGUUUGUUUUAGUGAAGUCACUGCUGCCAGCAAUGCAGUUCGACAAAUGCAAAACUUCCCGUUUUAUGAAAAACCUAUGCGAAUUCAAUAUGCAAAAUCAAAGUCAGAUUGUAUUGCUAAAGAAGAGGGAAGUUAUGUUCCAAGGGAAAAGAAAAAGAAACAAGAGGAAAAAGCUGAAAGAAAGCGGCGUGCUGAGGAAGGACAACAAUCUUCUGUGGCUAAUGGAACACAUGGUGCAAGUAAUGGUGGCCCAACGCCAACUUUCCGCCAAGGGCCGGGUGCUCAAGAAACAGCUGCUCCUAACAAUAUUUUGUUCAUAGAGAAUUUGCCUCAUGAAACCACUGGUAGGAUGCUUGAAAUGCUCUUCGAACAAUACCCGGGUUUUAAGGAAGUACGCUUGAUUGAAGCAAAGCCAGGUAUCGCGUUUGUAGAUUUUGAAGAUGAGGUGCAAUCAUCCAUGGCCAUGCAGGCUCUUCAUGGCUUUAAAAUCACCCCUCAGAAUCCCAUGAUUAUAACCUUUGCUAAGAAGUAGCUGAUUGAUUUUUCAUCAGCCAGUAUUUUUCCAACUCUGCCUGUAUUUUGGGAAGGGGUACUUGAAGAGAUUUUGCAAACUGUACUGGUAUAGAUCUUUAAGAAACUAAUUGAGAAGUUGUAAGUUAACAGGAAGUUAGAAACCAGCAGGUGCAAAGUGAGAAUUCAACCAUAUUUGUGGGAAGAUUGAGAUAGUGAUGGUAUAAUAUGUCUUGAUUGUAUGUGAUUUAUUUUAAUUUUCUUAGCAAAAAUGUCCUUUGUUUAUUUUGUAAG